CCCCACCCCAGCCCCCCACCACCCCCGGCCUAAGCAGCGACCAUGGCCGAGGUCCCCGGUGCGGCGUUGUCCCAGGCGGGUUGGUAUCUUUCAGAUGAAGGCAUUGAAGCUUGCACAAGUUCUCCUGACAAAGUCAAUAUAAAUGACAUCAUCCUGAUUGCUCUCAAUACAGACUUGAGAACAAUUGGCAAGAAAUUCCUCCCCAGUGACAUCAAUGGUGGAAAGGUAGAAAAGCUUGAAGGUCCAUGCGUUUUGCAAAUUCAAAAAAUUCGCAAUGUUGCUGCACCAAAGGAUAACGAAGAAUCUCAGGCUGCACCGAGAAUGCUGCGUUUGCAGAUGACUGAUGGUCAUAUAAGUUGCACAGCAGUAGAGUAUAGUUACUUGUCAAAAAUAAGCCUGAACACACCGCCUGGAACUAAAGUUAAGCUCUCAGGCAUUGUGGACGUAAAAAAUGGAUUCCUACUGUUGAAUGACUCUAACACCACAGUUCUUGGUGGUGAAGUGGAACACCUUAUUGAGAAAUGGGAGUUACAAAGAAGCUUGUCAAAACACAAUAGAAGCAAUAUUGGAACCGAAGGUGGACCACCUCCUUUUGUGCCUUUUGGACAGAAGUGUGUAUCUCAUGUCCAAGUGGAUAGCAGAGAACUUGAUCGAAGAAAGACGUUGCAAGUUACAAUGCCUGUCAAACCUACAAACGAUAAUGAUGAAUUUGAAAAGCAAAGGACUGCUGCUAUUGCAGAAGUUGCAAAGAGCAAAGAAACCAAGACAUUUGGAGGAGGUGGUGGUGGUGCUAGAAGUAAUCUCAACAUGAAUACUGCUGGUAACCGAAAUAGGGAAAUUUUACAGAAAGAAAAGUCAACCAAAUCAGAGGGGAAACCUGAAGGUGUCUAUAGAGAACUGGUUGAUGAGAAGGCUCUGAAGCACAUAACAGAAAUGGGCUUUAGUAAGGAAGCAUCAAGGCAAGCUCUUAUGGAUAAUGGCAACAACUUAGAAGCAGCACUGAAUGUACUUCUUAACAGCAAUAAACAGAAACCUGUUACGGGUCCACCUCUGAGAGGUAAAGGAAAAGGCAGGGGGAGAAUAAGAUCUGAAGAUGAAGAGGAACUGGGAAGUGCAAGGCCAUCAGCACCAAGUACAUUAUUUGAUUUCUUGGAGUCUAAAAUGGGGACUUUGAGUGUGGAAGAACCUAAAUCACAGCCACAGCAGCUUCAUCAGGGACAACACAGAUUGUCAAAUGCUGAGCAAAAUGGAGUAAAAGAUAAUAAUCAACCAAGAUAUCUUCCUCGAAAUGAUACCAGACAGUCAAGAAAUGAAAAACCACCUCGUUUUCAAAGAGACACCCAGAAUUCAAAGUCAUUUUUAGAAGGCAGUGGAUUACCUAGAAACAGAGGUUCUGAAAGACCAAGUACUUCUGCAGGCUCUGAAGUAUGGGCUGAAGAGAGAGUCAAGUGUGAUAGACCGUAUUCUAGAUAUGAUAGAACUAAGGAUACUUCAUACCCUUCAAGUUCUCAGCACAAUGAUGGUGCUUUUAAAAGAAGGGAUAACUCUAUGCAAAGCAGAUCGGGAAAAGGUCUAUCCUAUGCAGAGGCAAAAGAAAAUCCACUUCCUCAAGAAUCCGUAGAUUUUAAUAGUCAAAAACGUGGGAAAAGAGAAAACCAAAUAGCUAAUCCUGAUCAUUUUUAUGACAGGAAGCCAAGAACAAUAAAUAAUGAAGCUUUCAGUGGUAUAAAAAUUGAAAAACAUUUUAAUGUAAAUACUGAUUACCAGAAUCCUGUCCGAACUAAUAGUUUCAUUAGUGUUCCAAAUGGAGAGACAGAAAUGCCACCGAAGGGAAGGCGAGUGGGACCUAUUAAGCCAGCAGGACCCAUCACAGCUACACCCUAUGAUGAUAAAAUAUUUUACAAUAGUGGACCCAAAAGAAGGUCUGGGCCAAUUAAACCAGAAAAAGUACUAGAAUCAUCUAUUCCUAUGGAGUAUGCAAAACUGUGGAAACCUGGAGAUGAAUGUUUUGCACUUUAUUGGGAAGACAACAAGUUUUACCGAGCAGAAGUUGAAGCUCUUCAUUCUUCAGGUAUGACAGCAGUUGUUAAAUUCAUUGAUUAUGGAAAUUAUGAAGAGGUGCUACUAAGCAACAUCAGGCCCAUUCAAACAGAGGCAUGGGGUGGCCAUACUGAUGAGCUUGUUUGUCAUUCCUUACUGUAGCUCUUCCAUUUAGAGAUGUUUGGUAUUGAAGUGAUAAUUUUCUUUCUAAAGUCAGUGACUUUUUGUUUUUCCUCCUUAAUAGUCCUCAUUGCUUUAUAACUGAUUUUAGGUCUGUGUAAACUUAGCUGGACUAUAAAUUUAUCAGAUGUCACAGGCCAUGUAGUGAUUCUGUUCUGAGCCACAGCAAUACUUUCAUAUUCUUUCUACCCAUUUAUGAAUACUCAUCUAUGCUUUAUUGUGCUAUUUUUUACCUAUUUACAUUUUCUGUAGUCAACUUAAAAAUCUUUUAUAAGAUGCUUGAAAUAUUUUGCAGGAAGAAGCAGGAUAGAAUCACUAAAUAUUUUGGAAAUUCUAGCAUUUCUUUUCUCCUACUUACAAAUAAUCAAAUGAUUGUUGAUGUUUUAUUAUUUUGCAUAAUUUAAUAUAACAAAUAUUUUUGGAUCAUGAACAUCAUUAUUGAGGCUAAGAUGGUCCUUUCUUCUUUAUCUAUAUGAAGAAUUGACUUGUAGAAGCAUCUCCUUCUUGACAUAUAUAGAAGCCAUCAGGUUAACUUUUCUUCACCCAUCUCCAUUUUUUAAAAAUACAUGUGUGCAUAUAUACAUAAAAAGCCCGUGAAGAAAAACAGUCUGAGUAGCUGUUAGUACAUUUAAUGUAGAGUUAGAGUUCUCUUAGCCUAUGACAAUAUUAAUGUUGGGGUCUAUGAGCACUUUUUCAUUUUGUACCUGCGAAAUUAUAACAGGUUUUAAGUUAAUCAAAACCAAAACGUUCAGUAUACCAAUAAGAAGGUAACUAAUUGACAAGUCAGACUUUUAAAAGGCUACAAAGGUGCAGCAAUGUUGUUAGAAGCCUUAGCAUAAUUAUUCACUCACACUGUGGAUUGUCUAAUCUUUAAUUCUUUUUAUUCUUGCACUAUAUAGGUACAUUGCUAUUUUUAGUUGUGAAAUGAUAUUGUAUCUUUUACUAAGGUUUAUGUUUAUUAUUGGCACAAGAUUUUGGAAAACCUCUUGUUUUCCUAAAUGUAGCAAUGAUCAUUCGUUGAAGAUUUUUUAAAUAGUUUUCAGGAAAAACAACCCAAAAAGUCUGCAUAUAAACCAAAAGCCUUUAUAGAAAUCAGUUGCCUGUAUUUUCUCUUAAAGGUGUAAGAACAAAUCAUAAAUGAAAAGCGUGAAAUAUUAAGAGAGUCAAUGACCAAGUUAAUAGUGUGCCUUGUAUGGAAAAUUAAAAUAAAAAUCAAGUUAAUAGUUAACUCUAAGCAUUAAUAUUAUCUCACGAAGUUUAGGAAUUAUUUGCCUUAAAUCUGUCAGACCAAGUAUCUGUUUUCCCUUUUUAUCUGGAUAUACCUUUUUACUUCCAGAACAUGCUCACUUAGUGAUGAUAUUUUAGAUGGCAAAAAUAUAUGUUCCAAAAUGAUUAACUAAAGUUUUGGUAAGUCAUCCUUGACUUUGUUUGUUCUAGCUAGAUUUCCCCUGGUUCUUUUAGUAUCAUAAAAUAUUCUUUCUUAAUUUUAGUGUCUUUAUUAUAGUGAACUCUCUAAUUAUCACAAAUUAUGUUAGGUUCACAGCUCAUUCUUAACUAAAUAAAUGUUCUAGGUUGUUUUUCAGUGUUCUUUGAACAUUGUAGGAUUUUCCUUAUUUUAGCAAAGUAAAUGAAGCAUUCUAGAGUCUCAUAUUAUUUGUAAAAUUAUAGAUAGAGAAAACCAUAAUAUUAUUUUAUAUUUCUGACCACUGUACGAGAAAACGUUAAGGUCAAAGAAAACCUGUGGUUUGUAUUCCCUGCAGGCCCUUUCCAAAUUGCUUCCUUUUAACUCUAAAACUAAUACCAGGAAAUCUGUAAAAAGACGCUACAGGCAAUUUGGAAUUACUGUAAAAUACACUGGAACUGCUGCUUGGACAAAUCUUUUGUGUUUUGAACGUACUACUUUGUAAACUUUCUUCUUCAAAGUUCAUAGGAUUUAUUUCUUUGUAUCAGGAAAUCAUGCUUGUUCCACUGUUGUUCCAACUAGAAAAAAUAUGAUUGUAUAGAUAAUGGUUAGUUCUAGGACCUUAACAUACACAUCAUCUUGAGCAGGAAUUCUGGAAAGUGACGGAUAGAUUGUUAUUGUCUUUUAGAUGAUCAUCCUACCUUAAGUGUUUUUCUGUAGAGUAUUCAUUUAUUCAACACAUAGCCAUUACACGUCUAUUAGGUCCAGGCGCUGUUCUAGGUGAGGGGUAUACACUAGUGCAUAAAACACAAAAAUGCCUGCCAACUGCAGAAAGUUAGAAGAAAGUUGUAGUUCCAGUAAUGUGAAACAAACUUAAAUAUUUCAUGAGAGUCUUUAUUCUUAACUCUUGAAGCUUUAAAACAAAAUACAAGUGGAGAAAAUCUUGCUUAGUGAAGUUUUCAUUUAAAUAAUGUUAUUUUAUUCGACCUUACUUUAAAGAUAAAAUUUAUAUGGAAGAAGAAAGUAUGACUUAAUGAAUUUUAUCUAUUUAAAAAGCUUUUAUCUAUUUAUUUUACCUAUUUAAAGAGUAACAUUUGUUUUUAGGAGGGUUGGGUUUUUUAAAAUAAUUAUAUAUUUCUCAGUUUUAGCAUACUUUAAAAAAGAAUUAUCAAUCUCAAGUUUUAAUUCUGAAGUAACUUUGCACACAAUUUAUUUUAUAAUGACAUCUGGGUAGCACAUUUGGAAAUUACCUUUUCAAAUUCAAAUAACAUUCAUAAAAAGCCAUAAACUCUUCUACCAUUAAUAAAAAUAUUAAAAAGAAACAUAUAGCAAAAAAAGAAAAAACUGUAACCUAUUUAAUGAGGGAAGAGAUUGAGAGUGGUAAUAUAUAAAUUAAUGAGUUAAAAUGAAUUCUAAAUGUAUUAGAACAAGAUCAUGUUAGCGAUUUUAAUGACAUAGUGAUAAAAUUAGGCUGUAUCUAGUUUGUGUUUGAUAUCACAAGAUCAUAAUAGAUAUUAAAAAGAGGACAAUUGUUAUAGAAACCAUUAACUUCAAAGGAAAAUUAGAAUUAUGUAACAGUGAGGUUCUGCCAAUUAGUAUCCAGUAAAAAGUGCAAGCAUCUAUUUGAUCACAGUCCAGAAGGUUUUUCAUUCUUGCUGAUAAAUUCUUAAAUAAAUUAGUGGGUAUAAUUUGCCAUACUUAAAUUUCUGCACUAAAAGCAUAAUUUGAUUAAGGUCACUGAAGUACAUUUUCUUCCACCAUGCAUAUUUUGGAAAACUUUCCUUUCAAAGAUUGUCAUAUGGGCAGUGCUUAUUUUCUUUUGCUGCAUAAACAUAGAGUAAAUCAGAUGAAACUGUACAGCUAGUUUAGCCCCAUUUAAGAAUAUAAUUUCAAAUCACAGUGAUAGAAUUUGGGGGAUUCCGUGCAAUAUCUUUUUUUUUUCCAUGCAACAUCUUUAAAUUUUGUUUGAAUAAAACUUGGUUGUAUUUGAUAUGCUUUAUUUAUUUCUUCAUCUAUUACCCAGCCUUUCACAAUUCCCACAGGAGGUUGUGGAUUAUACAAAAAGACUUUUACUGGAGAUAGGAAAGCUGUUGAUAUAGAGGGAGAGAUGAUUCAUUCAUAAUGCAUGUCAUAUGCAUAGAUAUGUCAACUUAAAUAAUGUUGAUGUCUACCCCCGAAGUCCAAAUUCAGUUUGUGAUAGCUAAACCUAACAGAUUACUAUGAAAACCUUGGGAUCUAGUUUUGACUUGGCUACGUUAUUCAAUAGAGACAUUUUAUUUCACGGAUUUAAAUUAAUACUAAUAAAGUAAUAUGCUAUUUUAAGAACUUUUUCAAAAGUAUUGUUUGAAUUUCGAUAUCUGAUAAUUUAGUAUAUUGUAAUCUAUUCAAAGGGCUGUAUAUAAAAAUAUCUUUAAAAGGUUUUUGGGUAAUCUGAGUUUUCCUUUAUUGAACAAUGAAAGUACAGAUUAUAUUAUCAUUUCAUGUUCCUUUUUUCUGAAGGUGAAAUAAUUCCUAAAGUGAAAUAACAUGGCAGGAUAUUACCUGAGAUGCACUUUCUUUUUAAAGUUAUUUCAACGAUACUACUCUGAUUUGUUUCUAACCUUAAUUACAGUUCAUAAAACAAUUUAAACCUUAAAUUAUUUAAAUAUUGAUAUUAAAUAUCAAGUUAGUGUAACUUUUUGAAAAAUCCACAGCAUUUUUUUUGUGUGUACGUGAAUAAUAUCAGUAGAUAUUAAGAAUAUUCUAUCUUCUAAGUCUCCCCUUUAUUAUUGCAACCUUAAGUAUGGGCUCCUGAAUUAUGAUGUUGGUUAAUUAAGAAGUAAAUUUAUGAUGCUUUAGAUUUAUGCUGAGUAUUAUAUAAUUUUGGUUUUUCCUUCAAAGUAGUCUUAGGGAGGCAUCAUGGUGAGAUCUGCAGCUGAAGGGGGCUGGGAUUGUCAGCUGAACUUAUUUUUUCCUUGACAUUUUUGAUUCAGUAGACCCAGGGUUUGUUCUCUUCUAAGUGUAAAUUGUGUUUUUUUCAUUUACUUUGUUUAUUGGGACUUUUAAAACUGUAAUUUCAAACUGCACUGAAUUUUGCCAUUCCUUUGCAUAUAUAUGCAAAAGACUCGCUAAUAUACUCAUUGCAUAGGAAAUAAAGUAGUAAAAUAAAUUAAUCUGAGAAAUGCU